AUGCCGUGCUGCGCGCCAGACCCCACGAACCCUUUUGUGCAGUGCCGCUCCAAGUGGGAACGUCUGCGCUGCAUGCUUGCGUGCUGUCGAGGGCAAAUCGAGAUCCACGCCUCCAAAAUGGAUGGCCCCCCGUACGAGAAACGCCGACGUGAAGACCCAAAAGAAGAAGAAGAAGGCUUGGGAUGCGCUCCUCCACAGGACGUACUACAACCCACGGAGUGCGGGGAGCUUGGGGGGAGUGGCCAAGCCACCUCCAGCCUUGACGUGCCCGCACGUAGGACCUACCGCAGACAACAGGUCCUGGUUCAAGGCAUGGACGAGCAGUGGCAGGCCGACUUGUGCGACAUGCAGGCGUUCCACCGGGACAACGAGGCGGUCAAGUACCUCUUGACGGUGAUCGACGUGCUCAGCAAGUUCGCCUGGGUGGUGCCUCUGAAGGACAAGACGGGCACCAGUCUGGUGGAGGCGUUCACCACCGUGUUCCGAAGGGGUCGCGUCCCGGAGAAGCUCCAGACGGACGAUGGCACCGAGUUCCGCAACCGGGUGUUUCAGGACUUUCUGAAGAAUCGGGGGAUUCGACACUUUUUCACCAAGAGCGAAGCUAAGCAUUCGGAGGGCCCCGCGGAGGUGGUGACCCCGGACGAUGCCCAAGAGGUGUGGGCCACGUUGUACCCCGAGGCGCCUGCGGCCGAGGCCAUCACCGGCGAGACCCCCACGGCAAAGAGCAAGAAGAAGACACCGCCACGCUUCCAGGUGGGGGAUCAGGUACGCCUCAGCAAGGUGAAGCAGACGUUCACCAAGGGCUACCUCCCCAACUGGACCGAGGAGGUCUUCACGGUGGGUCAGGUGCUAGAUCACGUCACCCCUACGGCCUACAUCCUUCGCGAGUGGGACGGCGACGCCUUGGAGGGCCGCUUCUACGAGCCCGAGCUGCAGAAGGUGCACGUGACCGAGGCCCACCCCUUCAAGAUCGAUCGGGUGCUGAAGACCUGGAAGCGUGGGGGCCGCGGCGAGUACUGGGUCCACUGGAAAGGCUGGCCCGACAAGUACAACAGCUGGGUGCCCGCCACGGAAGUGCAUAAGGUGCUGUGA